AUGGUCUCUGCAACCCACGUGUUGUCAUCAGCUCCCCAUGGUGGGAAGAUAGGAGAGUACUCAUGUAUGCAUUUUCUCGCCCUUGUGAACUUCCUCACUCUCGUCCCCUCCCUUACACCCCCUCUCUCACGUUGUUCCCUCCUCUCCCCCUCAUCUCCAAACAUAUCCCUCCCUCAGGUGGCAGGGGGGGACGUGGUUGGGGGAGAGAGCAACCCAAAAGGAGGGGCAGGAAAGGCAGGGAAAGGGGGGGGAGGAAAGGGGGGCAAAGGGGGAAAGAAGGGGGGAGGGAGAGGGGGCAGAGGGGGAGGUGGGAAGGGAGGGGAGGAGGCGGCAUCUGAGGGGAGCACUCACGUGCGUGUGGACUGGGCUCUCCCUCCUUCCUGGAACGUUCCUCUCCAAGAUGCCAGCAAGGACGGGCAAGUGCAUGGCAUGGUGGCGCUGUCAGGCAGCGUGUUGGCGCUCUGCCUCGCCAUGCCUCCAGAUCCCUUCUCCCGAGUCCUGCACGACCUCAAGGUGCUGCCCGACCUCAAGGUGCUGCCCGACCUCAAGGUGCUGCACGACCUCAAGGUUGAUGCGGUGCGCAGUGUGGUGAGCCGACUCGACCUGGUGCAGGAUGGAGAGGAGGAGCAGGCAGAACAGGGGGAGCGCGAGGAGGCGGAGGGCGGGGAGAAGGAGAGAGGGGCAGGCGGAGAGUUGAAGGGAAAGGCAAGGGAGGGAGGGGAGGAGGAGAAGAGUGACAAGGUGGAGGAGGAGGAGGCAGCAGAGGAGCGGUGCAGUGAGCUGUGUGGGAUGGCAGCAGUGGCAGACGAGGCAGUGAGGGAGCAGGGCGUUGGUGUGGAGUGGGAGGGGCAGGUGGAAGGGGAAGAGGAGGAGCAGAGUGGCAUGGAGGGCAGUGCUGCUGCACCUGCUGCUGUGUGGCUUCCGCCUGGAACUGCACCUGCCAAGCUACACAGCAGCACCCGCACUGGCAGCGGUGGCAGCAGAGAUGAGAGUGCUGUGAAGGCAGGGGUGAAGGAGAAGGGUUCAGCAGGCAGGGCUGUGUCACUGCUGCUGGCUGUGCUCGGGGUGCUGCUGGCCCUCGUUGCUGCACUCGUGCUUGCCCUCAAAUGA